CAUCAAAAUUGACAAGUCUUUAGCUAGAUUGACUAAGAAAAAGAGAAACAAAUUGCUAAAAUCAGAAAUAAAAGAGGGGACAUUACUACUGACUUUACAUAAGUGAAAAGGAUUAUGAGAAUUCUAUGAAUAUAUGUGCACCAACAAAUAGAAUAACUAAAUGUAAUGAACUAAUUCCUAGACACAUAAAUCCUACCAAGUCUGAAUCACAAAGAAAUAGAAAAUCGGAAUAUACUUAUAACUAGUAAGGAGAUUGAAUCAGUAGUCAGAAGUUUCCCAACAAGUAAAAGCCCUGGACUUUAUGGCUUUGCUGGUGAAUUCUACCAAAUGCUUAAACAACUAAUAUCAAUCCUCAAAUUCUUCAGAAAGAAAUUGAAAGUGGAGAGAGUGCUUUCUAACUUAUUCAGUGAGGCCAGCAUUGCCCUAAUACUGAGCCAGAUAAAGACACUACAAGGAAACUACAGACCAAUACUCCUUAAGAACAUUAAUAUAAAAAUCCUCCCUUUCCAACCCGGGACGGGCAGGAUGGCUCCGGCAAAGAAGGGCGGUGAGAAGAAGGGCCGGUCCGCCAUCAACAAGGUGGUGACCAGAGAAUACACCAACAACAUUCACAAGCGCAUCCAUGGAGUGGGUUUCAAGAAGCGUGCCCCUCAGGCACUCAAAGAAAUCCGGAAGUUUGCCAUGAAGAAGAUGGGAACUCCAUAUGUAUGCAUUGACACCAGGAUCAACAAAGCUGUCUGGGCCAAAGGAAUAAGGAAUGUCCUAUACCAUAUCCAUGUGCGGUUGUCUAGAAAACGUAAUGAAGAUGAAGAUUCACCAAACAAGCUCUAUACGUUUGUUACCUAUGUAUCUGUCACCACUUUCAAAAAUCUACAGACAGUUAAUGUGGAUGAGAACUAA